GUUGUGUGUAGAGUUGAGACAGCGGUUUUCAUGUCUUUUUUCGAACGACCUCUUAAAGAGCGUUUAGUGCCGUAUUUGCGCUCCUUGAAACCGAACAGAAAUAACUUGUGGAAUUUUUUUGUGACCUUUGCGUUGGCCUAUACAGUGACAGGUUUAUUGGUCUAUUUGAAAGAUCGACCGAGUCCGUUCCCUUAUUGGUCUAUGGAUCCUCCCUAUGACGAAAAAUUAGCAAAAGUACGUUACAAAGACGGUUAUGAUGGAGUGUAUUGGCCACUUCCUAACGAUUCAGAAGAGUUUUAUCAGUUUCUCUUGGAAAGAGAAAACGAUCUUUUUGAAUAUGAACCUUCUUUGGAGCCACCUUAUCCGGAACCGUAUCAAGCAAGGUUUCAAGCAUACAGGGAAAAACAUGCAGCAGAUGUGCAGGAGCAGAUGCGAAAGGAGAUGGCAGAGAAACUUGUUUCUUUAGGCCAUUUUCAUAACUUGGAACAUGCAAGUGAAUUUUUCAAGCACCAGUUUAGUUAAAUCUUUUUAUUUAGUUAUUAUAUUAUAUCAUGUAGUUUUUUGGAUUGUUCUUUAGUUUGAUUUUCCAUGAAUAGUGUAACGAUAGCAUAAAUUACGAAAAUCAGUU